AUGUCCAAUAAAACAUACAAUGAUUUAAUAUGUGAAACCUCGGAGCUUAUAGUUGAAACGACACAAGCUGAUGAAGCCGUUUUUGAAGUUGGAAGUGCUGAAAAAUCAACCUUCGAACCCCUGUUAUGUGAACUACGAGUACGUUACACGAUAUUACUUUCAAGAUUGGACACUGUAUAUGAUCAAAUUUUACAUCCUCAAAAGCGCUUGAUUAUAAAAAGGUUGCUUGAAGCCUGUUUAGGAAGGCUUUUGGAGAUAAAACAGGAGCUAGUUGAACUUCAUCUAUCUGAUUUUACAUUUGAUGAUGACGAGGUCUUACAAAAACUCAGUUUGACACCUUUAGAAGCUGAACCGUGUGUUCCUCAAUAUUUUGUAAGAGAAAGAGAAGAAGACAUUAAAAAAAGACGUGAAUUUAUAAUUGAAACUCUAAGAAAACUUGGUUAUGAACCACCAAAACCGAAACCACUUGUACUAACUGAGCAACAGGCUGUUAUUAUUAUUCAAAGUCAUGAAAGAGCCAGGCAAGGUCGAUUGAGGGGACAAUUUAUGAAAGAAAUACGACUUUUAAAAGAAAAAGGUCGUGACCAAAAAGGUGAAAUGUCAGCUUCAGCAGCUACUGCAAUUCAAAGAGUUUGGAGAGGUUUCAUCGCGAGGCGUGCAACACGCAGAAGAAAGCAAGAAGAGCAACUUUUAAUUGGAAUGCAAUUGCCACCCUACAUUGAAUCUAAAGCAAUGGAGAGGGCUGAACAGGUUAAACAAAAUCGACGUGAUCGUCAAAAAGAGCUCGAGAAAGAAUUUCAAGACGCACUUGAAAAAACUGAAGAAAGAGUGAAAUCUAAGCAUGGUGCAAAAAUAAAUGAAAGAAUAAGCGAUGAACUGAGACGUUGGAUAUUAGAGUACUAUGAAAGAACUGGUAAAUUACCAGAACUUCCAUCGGAAGAAGGAGGUGGUAGCAGAGCGAUGUUUAGUAGACAAGGAACUAGAAUGGAUAGUGAUUUGAGCAAGUCAUCUCCGGUAUCAUCUAAAGAUUCCAAAAGAAGUAAGGAGAGCAAAGAUAAAAAGAGUAACAAAACAGAAGAUGCAAAAAAUAAGGAUGAAGCUGAAGACUUAAAAACAUUUAAAUGUAAUCCUUCCUCCUUUUUGAAGGAUUUGAUUGAAGCAAAUGAGGAAUACGAAGAUAUUUGGAAAUUUCGUGACGAUGGCAAUAAUCAGAAUGAAAAAUAUGAUUCAGAUAUGGUAGAGAGAGAAAAAAUGCUAAAAGUGGAACAAGAAAUAAGAAAUAUUGUUGACGAAACGAUGAGAAGUGAGUUAGAACUACUGCAGGCAGCAUUGGAUCGAGACAGAGCUCAUAAAGGAAAAAAAAGUAAAAAGCCACAGAAAAAAGUACGGCGAGGUGGUAAGAAAAAUAAGAAGAAAAAGGAAAAAGACCUUACUCCAGACCGAACUACAGAAUCACUGUUUGAAGAAUUGGUUACCAAUGGUAUUAUUCGACCUUAUCCACCAGUAAAAAUCGAUGAUUUCAUAGGUGAAAAAAGUUUUGUUGGAUCGGAAUAUAGGAAAGAAGGUAGAGAACCAACUCCAUGCUUAGGUGACAUUCGACAAUUAGUAAAAGAAUAUUGCAUACUCCCCCUUGGAUCUGAAACUAUAAGAGCGAGUGCCCCACUUAUAAGAUCAGUUUUGAUAACAGGUCCUUCAGGAAGUGGAAAGAAGAUGUUGGUUUAUGCAAUAUGUCAUGAAACUGGGGCAACGCUAUUUGAUUUGAGUCCUGCGAACAUAGUUGGUAAAUAUCCAGGUAAAUCUGGAUUAAUAAUGCUGAUACACCUUGUAAUGAAAGUAUCAAGAUUAUUGCAACCUUCAGUUAUUUGGAUGGAUGACGCUGAAAAGCCUUUUGUAAAAAAGAUACCAAAAACGGAUAAAACUGACCCAAAGCGGUUGAAGAAGGAUUUGGUUAAAAUAAUAAAAGGGAUAUGUCCAGAAGACUGUGUUUUAUUUGUGGGUACAUCAAAGACUCCAUGGGAAGCUGAGCAGAAGCUUCUGUUUCAAUGUUAUUCAAAAGUGAUACAGAUACCGCGAGGUGAUUAUGGAAGUAUUUCGCUUAUGUGGCGAACAAAACUGCAUAGAGCUGGUGCUCUGUCACCUAGAUUAGAGCUCUCUUGUUUAUCAAGAUUAUCUGAUUCGUAUACAAUAGGGACUUUAUUAUCAGCAUUGGAAACUAUUCUUACUACUAAGAGGAGAUUACAGCUGCGCGUUUGUGCUCUUACUGCUCACGAGAUAGCGUUGCAAUUUAGUCUUCUAGAACCAGUUUAUGUAGAAUAUGAUACAGCAGCGGAAUCUUGGUGGUCGAAAACUCCUAUGGAAAGGCGUCGCCAAAGAAUUUUGCAAAGAUUGUUGGAGCUAGAACAGGAGAUCGAAGAAAGAGCAGCUGCAGGAAAAUAA